UCUUCGUAAUGCAUAGACUAUCGUCGGCUUCUUAAGUGUUGAUAAAAGCGCAUCAUUUCUCUCUCACCAACCACUCUUGACUCCUCAGACCACUAUGGAUGCUAUCCGAGUCACUAAGGUGGAGAAGGUACUCUGCGGAAGAUUGGGCAGAGCCGAGUACGGUUCCAUUCAUCUCACUGCGCAUCACCUCAUAUUUCGAUACGAGGAUGCCGAAAGGGAGGAGCUGUGGGUACCAUACCCACUCAUCUCGCUUGUCAUGCAACUACCUCAUACCUUACAUGGCCAAUAUCCUCUAACUUUCCACACGAGAACAUUUGAAACAUUCUCCCUGUCCUUCACGAACGGCAAGGAUGCUGUUGAUGUUUUUGAGAGCGUAAAAGAGCUCACAGUAUGCACUUCUGUGAAUCAGCUUUACGCGUUUUACUAUUCCUCAACACCUCCUUUGGAACUCAAGAGCGGAUGGACAAUAUACUCGCCGAGGGAAGAGUUUGGUCGCAUGGGCGUCGGCACACGAUCGAAGGCAUGGCGGUUCACCGACAUCAACAAGGACUAUUCGCUCAGUUCUACCUAUCCAUCUCGAUUAAUCGUACCAACACGCAUCAGCGAUUCUACAUUGCAAUAUGCUGCUAAGUACCGUAGUAAAUGCCGAAUACCUGCCCUCACUUAUCUACACUGGGCCAACUAUGGCUCUUUAACUCGUUGUAGUCAACCCAUGGUCGGCAUAAAGCAAAACCGGUCCGUACAAGACGAAAAGCUCGUCGAGGCUAUAUUCCAGUCACACCACUCGCCAGAUUCUCGUACUCCUAAUGCUUCUGUUUAUGGCGCUCAAAGUACCAAUCUGAUCGUGGACGCUCGGCCUACCGCUAAUGCCAUGGCCAACACAGCUCGUGGUGCCGGGACAGAAAAUAUGGACAAUUACAAAGACGCCAAGAAGGUGUAUCUGGGGAUUGACAAUAUCCAUGCCAUGAGAGAUUCCCUCGGACGGGUGGUAGACGCUCUACGAGAAGCCGACACCGUUUCCGCCAGUGUAAGCGGCAACCUUCCUGGCGAGGCUCAGCAGCUUGCCGUUCUUGAUCGCCAGGCACUCAGGCGCUCUAAUUGGCUGCGCCAUAUCUCAAUAAUUCUAGAGGGCACUCUUCUCAUCGUCCGAAAUAUCCAUGUCAACUCGUCCCACGUUCUUCUUCACUGCUCGGAUGGGUGGGAUCGUACCUCGCAACUUUCUGCUCUUUCUCAGCUAUGUCUCGAUCCUUUUUACAGGUCAAUGCGUGGCUUUCAGAUACUGGUGGAGAAGGAUUGGAUCGCUUUCGGUCAUAGAUUCUUGGAUCGCUGUGGACACCUCUCCUCGGAGAAAUUCUUCACUUCGCUUGCAGAUACGGCUGGAGCUGCUAACGGUGGCGAGGCUGCACAGGCUGCGCAAGCGUUUCUAGCAUCAGUGCAAAACCGUUUUGCUUCCCAGAGCCACGUCAAAGAGACUAGUCCCGCCUUCCACCAGUUUCUGGAGUGUGUUCGACAGAUACAACGACAGUAUCCCGACAGAUUCGAGUUCAAUGAACGAUUCCUGCGAAAUCUUCACUACCAACUAUAUGCUUGCCAGUACGGAACUUUCCUGUUCAACUGCGAGAGAGAGCGACGGUAUGGAGAAGACGGCAUGAUACCCUCGGAGAAGACUGUAAGCGUCUGGGACUGGUUUAACUCUCCCGCGGAGAUGGAACAGAACAAAAAUCCCACUUACAGCCCAGAGUUGGACAAUCCUAGGCAGGCAGACAUGGGAGUUCUCCUCCCAAACGUGAAGGAUGUGAGGUUCUGGAAUGAGCUCUAUGGGCGCACAGAUGAAGAAAUGAACGGGAAAGUGGCCAUUGCACAGGUCAAAGAGGAUCCAGAAAGCCUUGUUGUUUCUAAUGCCGAUGAAGAACCUGUCACUCCCGAUAGCGCUUUGGAUGCCGUACAAGAUGCGGACGCUCUUUCACCGUCAUCAUCAAAUGAGCCAACACCAGUGUCUUCCAGAUCAACCAAUCCUUCUCAAGGUGGCCUAGGCGCCAGUUUCCGAAGUCUGUGGUCAUCGCUCCCCGAUGUCUCUCAAACGAGUCUCGCCGAACCGUUGCCGCCUGUCUCCAUAGCCCCUUCUGCUAUCUCAUCAUCACAGCCUGACCUCGCUAGUACAGACGCGGCGACAGUCUGGGGUUCACAAAGCAGAGCAAGGGGUGCGAACGCAGUUGAUGUUCUCAGUGGUGCCGGUGUGCGAUCUAUGUGGGGGAAGCUGUCUUCCAAUGCCACGGCCGCGUUUUCUGUGGUUCAGGACGCCUACGGUGGCUCCGCACGAGACUUUAACAGACCUACUUUAGGAGAUAGAGAAUUGCAGAGCAAUUUCUCUGAAACACCUUCAGUCAAUCGCACAGUCGAAGAGCAGACAUUCCCCUCACAUGGAAUCAGACAAGGUAGCACAAGUGCAUCUGUUUACAACCCCUGGAACAGUGUGAAGCUACAACAAUCGAAUAAUCUUGCGUCUUUCGAUAACCCAUGGAGUACGACACGGUCACCUUUCACGGGCCAGAUCCGUAGUCCGCACGUCCAGGACAUAUUUGAUGCCUCCCCGCUCCCCACGGAUCCCACUAUCGCACACCCCCCGCAACGCUCGGAGACCAUUGAUAAGCUGUCUCCUUCCAAAGCAAUUGGGGAACUACCGCAGAGCGAUAGCGUGAGGGCCGCACAUCUCACGGGUACUUACAGUGAGAAAGCAACGCCAGCUCAGGACGAGCAUGCGACUUCGCAAGCAGACACGAGCUCAAGCACGAACUCGGAUCCGCUAGGGGCUGGUUUUUUGUAGCAAUGGAUUUAAUCUUCUCUGUUCAUCUGUAUACGUAGUAACAUUGUAGUUUAUUCCAUGCACAUCGAUAUGCAUCUACUGC